AUGCGCAACCUCCUCUCGAAUUCGUUUGAGCUCAACAAGGAGGAACGUCCCCCAGGGAAUGUCGAUAUUGAGCUAGGUUUGCAAGGCGACCUGUCGGGUUCCGCACAGCCAGGUUUCGAUGGCUUCUAUGAACAGGUCAGGGAGAUUAAUAAGUUGCUUGAGACGUUGACAAAACUACUGAAGGAUCUUCAGAACUCAAAUGAGGAAUCGAAGGUUGUCACUAAGGCAUCAGCUAUGAAAGAUAUCAAAAGGCGCAUGGAGAAGGAUGUUAAUGAAGUGACAAAAGUUGCACGGCUCACAAAAUCAAAACUUCAGCAAUUGAAUAAAGAGAAUCUUGCAAACAGAGAAAAGCCGGACUUUCACAAGGGAUCAGGUGUGGACCGAUCUCGGACCUCAGUGACAAUUACAUUGACUACGAGGUUGAGAGAACGCAUAUCAGAGUUUCAGACACUAAGAGAAGCAAUCCAGACGGAGUACAGGGAAGUUGUAGAGCGGCGUGUUUUCACCGUAACGGGCGAGCGUGCUGAUGAAGAGACUAUUGACAAGCUGAUAGAAACAGGCGACAGUGAGCAAAUUUUUCAAAGAGCUAUUCAGGAACAAGGGCGUGGAAGGGUGCUUGACACACUCCAAGAGAUCCAGGAGCGGCAUGACACGGUGAAAGAGAUCGAGACUAAGCUCCUUGAGCUGCAGCAGAUUUUCCUCGACUUGUCGGUACUGGUUGAGGCGCAAGGCGAGAUCCUGAACAACAUCGAAGUGCAGGUUACAGGUGCAGUGGAGCAUGUUCAGACUGGAACAAACCUCCUUCAGAAGGCGAGGGUCCUGCAAAAAAACACGCGGAAAUGGACCUGCAUAGCGAUCAUCAUCCUGCUGAUCAUCGUACUCGUCAUCGUCCUCUCGUUGAAACCGUGGGCAAAGAAGUAG